AUGUCAGGAGCCUCCCAGGAGAGCCUGAGGUCCCGGGGACUGCCGGCAUUAGGCAAGGCCUGCUUGACCAGCAUGAACGAGAAGCUUAGCGCACUGAGUGAGAAGGUCGAUAGACUCCUGCAUUUCCAAGAAGACAUUACAGAGAAGCUGCAGGGCCUGGGCCAAGGCCUGGGCCACUUGCAGAGAGGCCUGCACCAGCUGGAGGCUGCUGGCACGCUGGGCUCAGCUAGGGCCAAUGGUGCUCCUUCAGCUGAAACUCAGGCCAUGUGGCCCGAGGUCCUGGAGCUGUUGAGGGCUAUGCAGCAGGAGGCUGCCCAGCAUGGGGCCAGGCUCGAAGCCCUCUGCAGGACGGUGGCAGCUGCCAAUAGGGCCAUGGCUUUGGAGGGGGCCACGUUCCAGAACUCGAAGCUGGUGGAUUUCAUUCUUCAAGGGAGUGUCCCCUGGAGAGAAGGCAGCCUGGCUGACAGUCCCCAAGAGAACAAAGAGCAAGGGGAAGAGAAGGGAGCAAAACCAAAGCGUGCACUGAGUGCCAGAGGUGUGCACGUGGACACCAAACGGCCUCAGGAAGAGACCCAGAAGGUUGACCUGCCAGAGGGGGCAGUGGAGCAGCUGCCUCCCAUCAGCACUUCAGGGAUGGGAGCUGAUCUCAUCCAGGUGGGGGCCGCACCAGGGCAGGGAAACGGUGUCCCUGGCCCAGGCCAGAUGCCUCCUGGCCAAUCACUGCUCCCCACAGAGGCUGAGGCCAAAGCUCCUGAGACUUCCAGCAGAAGCCCUGGGAAUGGCCUGGAAUUGUCUGGGGCACCCAACAGGGUCAGUGAGGUCCCUGCCAGCCAGGAGGUUGCACCAAGUGCAGGACAAGGAGCACCCAGCAGGCCCACCCCUCAGCCCUUGGAUGAGGGCAUGAGGCUGACGUCAGGGCCCAGCCCCCUGUGUCAGGGGCCGCGAAGGCUGUCAGCCCAGCCCAGGGCAGCUCCCAGUGAUGGAGAGACACCUCUAAGGAUUUCCACCCACAUGCAAGAGAUGGAUAGUCCUGAGGAGGUGCUUGUGACCCCAGGUGGCAGCUUUGCACCCACACUCCCCACAGAGUCUCCAGCCACUGCCCAUCCAGGUGAGCAGAACCCACCUGGGCUCCUGUGCUGCCUUCAAGCUUCAGGGACUCAGUUGAGGGAACAGAACCCCCAAGGAGCCAGAGCGUUCUCCCCAAUGCAGAAGAGGAACAGCCAUGGGGGAGCGGAGAUGCACAGGCCUGAGGCUGAGCCCUCUGUAGGACCAAGCUUAGUCGAGAGAGACGGGAGAGAUGAAGCUGCUGACGCCCUGGACCUGCAGCAGGACAAAGGCCUGGAAGCAAGAAACCCUGACCCUGAGAAGGACUGUGUGACUGGGGGCACAGGGAGAGCCGAGGCAGGAAGCAGGAUGCCCCUGGGUGCUGAAGCUGGCAAUGUGGCUCUGGAUGCUGGUCUGGCUCCACCUGCUCCUUUUGAACACCGGAUGGUGAGUGUCAAGGAGAGCUCGGUCUCAGCAGGCUACACAGUGUGCUGGCACGAAGUCUUGGGAGGGGGCCGGUUUGGCCAGGUUCACAGGUGCACAGAGCAGUCCACCGGCCUGCCCCUGGCGGCCAAGAUCAUCAAAGUGAAGAGCGCUAAGGACCGGGAUGAUGUGAAGAACGAGGUCAAUAUCAUGAACCAGCUCAGUCAUGUGAACCUGAUCCAGCUCUAUGAUGCCUUCGAGAGCAAAAACAGCUUUACCCUCGUCAUGGAAUACGUGGACGGGGGUGAACUCUUCGACCGGAUCACGGAUGAGAGGUACCACCUGACUGAGCUGGACGUGGCCUUGUUCACCAGGCAGAUCUGUGAGGGGGUACGUCACCUCCACCAGCACUACAUCUUGCACCUGGACCUCAAGCCGGAGAACAUCCUGUGCGUCAGUCACACUGGACACCACAUUAAGAUCAUUGACUUUGGGCUGGCCAGGAGGUACAAGCCUCGGGAAAAGCUGAAGGUGAACUUCGGCACCCCUGAGUUCCUGGCUCCAGAAGUUGUCAACUAUGAGUUCGUGUCUUUCCCUACAGACAUGUGGAGUGUGGGAGUCAUCACCUAUAUGCUACUCAGUGGCUUGUCUCCAUUUCUGGGGGAAACAGAUGCAGAAACCAUGAAUUUCAUUGUAAACUGUAGCUGGGAUUUCGACGCUGACACCUUUGAAGGGCUAUCAGAGGAGGCCAAGGACUUUGUUUCCAGGUUGCUGAUCAAAGAGAAGAGAAACAUUUCUACGUGGUGACUGCUGCCAACAGGUUAAGGAAAUUCCCAACUGGUCCCUAAUCUUCAAUUCUGCUGCUCUGAAGGGCCCAGAAAUUCAUACUAAGGCCAGUGGUGAAGUGAUGAAGAGAUGACUCAAGAUUUUAAAUAAUCUAGCCUUUUACUCUUAUUGAUUUUACUUAUUUUAUAAAAAAAGGUCUGCUGUUGCCUUUUUUGUGGAUGAAAAAAUGGCUCCAAAGAAAGCAUCCUGAGAACUGUUUUCUGACUUGUAAGAUCAUUAAGUUUGAAAUGCUGUGUUUACUUUUUAAGUAACCUACUUUUGGUGAUAAGUGUUCAGCAUGCUUUAGGUAUGUGAGGAAGCUCCUACUCUGCAUAUGUCAAAUUUAUAUUCUGAACUUACUCUGAUUAAAGACCUCAGUAGACUUUUUAUAGGUGCCUGUCACUCGGUA